CGCCCAUAAGCUCCCCGGUCGCGACGGCGCUCGACCGUGCGCACCCGCUCCCAACACAUCACGUUCGAAAUUCGAAAAUUUAAAAGUUAUGUGCUAUGUGCGUGUGAGUUUGACGAACGAUUUACACUCUUAUUACCGUGUGUAGACGAUGGAAUGUGCAUUUGUUUACGUUCAUUGAAAAUCAACAGGAAUCUCCGGUUCCUUCCAUGGCAGACGGCCGAUGUAAACACAAAGCCGAAAUGAGAUGAGUAUGCGCGUGGCGUGGGCCAGAUGGUACUGGAUUGUAAUCUUCACGACGUGCGCCGCGAGAACUGCCAGCGACUGGCUCGAUUGUGCCCACAUCGCUUCUUGUCGCUGCAAGUGGUCCUCGGGCAAGAAGACAGCCAAUUGCGCCUCCAGUGACCUGCGCCGCCCGCCAGCUCUCUCAUCUGAUAUUCAAGUUCUCGACCUCCACGACAACCCGCUCAGAAACCUCCCACAAGAAGUCUUCGCCAAUAUAGACCUCCUGAAUCUACAGAGAUUAAAUCUAAGAGCGACCAAACUUAGAUCGAUCCAUGCAGAUGCAUUUUUAGAAUUAAGGAUUUUAAUAGAAGUCGAUUUAGCUGACAACGACCUUUCAAGUUUGCCGAGGGAAAUAUUCCGAGGCAACGAAAGACUGCGUUUAGUAAUACUAAGCAACAACCCAUUAACGACAUUAGUCGCAGACCAAUUCCCACCGCUACCGCAUUUACGAAUGCUUAUGUUAGAUGGCUGCAGAUUAAGGUCGAUUCACACGAAUGCCUUCCGAAAUCUGAAGUCUCUAGAAACUAUUGAUUUGCGAAGAAAUCAACUUACAUUCCUUCGUCUGAUUACAUUUUCGUUACCUGCACUGAAAACAAUUUCAUUAUCAGGCAACCCGUGGAGGUGCGAUUGCCGUCUACGUGAAUUUAAAGAUUGGUUCUUGGAAAGCACUUUAGGCAAUGAAGAUUUAGUGUGUGUUGAACCAUCUACACAAGCUGGGAACAAGUGGAGAAACAUUCUCAGUGAGAGUAUGUCUUGUGCCCCAGAAGUACGCUCAAGCACAUUAAUUGUUAGAGCAGAAGUUGGUGUUGCUGCUUCCUUUGGGUGUUGGGUCCAUGGAGUACCGAAACCGAAAGUAACAUGGUUAUUUGAAGGUGUGGAUGUACACAAUAGUACAGUAGAUUGUGAAAUGGAAGAGGUAGAAACUGAAGUGGAAGAUGACUCAGAGGAUCGAGUACCAGGUAGUGUCAGAUGGGUGAAUAUAACCCUUGUCAAUGUGACUUCAAGUGCAGCUGGAGAAUGGGUUUGCGUAGCUCAGAGCGUAGCUGGCGAGGCCCGUGCUAUUAUCAGCUUAGUACUUCCAAGAUCCCAAACUGCUACAGCUCGUACUGCUCCUGGGAUACCUCACCUGUUAGGAGUUGUAUUUGGUGCACUAGGUGCAUUAGCAUUCCUAGGAUUUAUAGCUGCUGUAGCUUGUUGGCGUAUACGACGACGAACAGUGCCUCCCAGUCGAAGUUUUAACGAUCAAGAAAAGCGACUUAUAGAUGCCUCUGUGGUGGUGAGCUGUGAUCGUUCGAUAGGAAAUAUGGCGUCACCUUGCGAUUUUGAACUUACGGACAGGUCACUUUCCGAGGAACCUAGAGGGUGUGGCUUUGAUCCAGUCCAUAUAACGAUAGAAGGAACUCCAGGUGCAUUCCCUCCACCCCCCGCUGAAUUUGCAGUACCAGUACCAUAUGGCAAUAUUUUCAUAUCGGUCCAAGUCGCGGGUACUGGAGAACCUGGAAAAUAUCCCGAUCUGUUGAGUGGCGGUGCGACUCUGCCACGCCGGACUAGAACAUGUUGCGGGACACCGGCUUAUGACAACAUGGGACCUAGAGUAACGGCUGCUGGUAGCUCAACGUGGUCAUUACCAGGAGCCAGUUCAGAAAACCAAACAGCUGAAGUGUCGGAGACCCCCGUUUUGACAUUACCACCGCCACCGCCAGAGUUUGUUUCCCUUUAGCCCCGGUAUUUGGUACUGGACGCCUCAAGUCUGAGGUGACCUGGUACCACCGAGAACCGCUAAGUCAAUUAGACUAUCCCCUAUUUUAUUGUACUCCUUAAUAUGUCGUGAUUAAUAAUUUAAAUGUAAAUAACUAAACGUAAGAAAGGACGAUGUGUGACAUCCUGUGAGAUAUAAAUACGUAAGAUUGUUAUCAAUAUUGAAAAUUUAAAGUGUAUGAUAAAACAAUCGAUUUAUGAAGGACUCUUGUUAAUCAUACGUUGGGAUAAGUUUAAGUGAAAAAGUAUCUACCCAUUUUUAGUUUCUUUAAUAUUUCUUUGAAUCUUUAGCAUUAUGUCUUCCCAACUUUUGUAAAUAUUGUUUAUUCGUAUUAUACAAACUUCCCAAACAUAAGACUGACCCUUUUGUCUUGUUUUCGUCUCUCUUUAUAACUAUGUAUAAAGCUAGCUAUAUACUUCAUCUAGUGUCAUACAAGAUAGCUUAAUCAUUUUCUUUGAAAGCAAAAUACAUAUUACAAUGUAAAUUGAAAAUAAACCAAUUA